GAUACUCCUGUCAUCGACAGCAACAUGAAGCGAUUUCAAGUUAUACCACUGAGUUUAAUUUUCUUUUUAGUAAUACCCAUCAGCCAAUGUUUUCAGAGAAGUGAGCACGGAGAAUCUAGCGGUCGUCACAAACGCUCGGUGAUUCUUCUUCCUGCAAACACAAGCAUUACGAUCACUUUCGAUCUCUCAAUGCCGGUUCGCGCUCUCGCUCAACAGUCAGGAUUUUACAACAUGAGAGUGCCUUUUCGUUUCUUCAUUCCGACUUAUGACCAGCUAACAUCUUUUUACGGACGCGAUGAGAGUCGCGAGGAUGACGUCAAUGAGAUUGAGCAGAUUCAUCGACAAGAACAGGAGCGCGCAAACGAAGAACGCCGCUACAUCUAUAAGAAUAUGGAGUCCCUGUUGUCAAGUUUUGGAAUCGAUGGAAUGGCUUGCGUUCAACGAGCUAUAUGUGAGUUGUCCGAGGCACCGAUUGGUCACAAUGAUCUUUUAGGAAAUACUUUGAGUCUCCUACUAACACCUCCUACGGUAGCUGAUUUCGGCAGAUGGAUUUUAGGAAACCACGAUAAAUCAGACAGUCAGAAAGCGGAACAAGAAAAAUGUGUUGCCUGUGAGACAAUCGAUGAGCCUUAUGAAGAUGAGUACGUUAGAGCAUAUCGUGAUGGAAAACAAGGCAAGUGUUCACACCGCUAUGGCUUAGAAUGCCCAAUAUCGUUCUUUACCAUUUUUAAUCUUUGAGUUAUAUUAUAUUGACCCUUGGUACCGCACAAACAAUAUAAAUUAUGUCAUCAUUGUA